AUGACUUACGGGGGAGGCAAGUCUUCGGCCCUACAUGAGGUUUCCGCGCUUGUUCUCGAUAUUGGUACCUCCACGACGCGUGCUGGUUAUGCAGGCGAUGACACCCCUAGAACCGUGUUUUCCACUACAUACGGAUACGUGAAAGAAUCGGAGCCUCUGGCUGACCCUGGUGCACCGUCCAACGCACGUUUGUUCAUUGGGGAUCAUGUCACUGAGUGGAGAGCCAACAUGGAGGUUGCAAAUCCGAUGAAGGAUGGUAUAAUUAAGGAUUUCACUGCGGUUCCCUCCAUCAUCUCGCAUGCGUUUGUAACCAAAAUGGAUUGUAGCCCGGCCGAGCAUCCUGUUAUGGUGACUGAGGCGCCUUGGAAUACUCCAGAGAAUCGCCAGAGGAUGGCAGAAAUUUUGUUCGAAGAAUUCAAAGUCCCUGCAUUCUACAUCGCCAAUAAUGCAGUGCUGAGUUCAUUCGCGUCAGGAAAGGGGACGUCUUUGGUCAUUGAUGUUGGAAAGAGCAUGGUCAGCGUUACCCCCAUUUCUGAUGGCUUCGUCUUGAGGAAAGGAAUGUCAUGCUCCGCCCUCCCUCCUCAAGUACAGUCAACAGCAUUUAGAAUCCUCACCACCCCUAGCAAUCAUCCAAUAUAUCCACGACCCCCGAUCCAACUUCUUCCUUAUCAACUCAUCGCCUCCAAGAAAGCAGUUGAGAUAGGACGACCUCAUCAAGCCAUUUUCCGUGAAGAUAGGAUAUCGCAAGCCACGGAAAGCUGGAGACAAUGGGCUGAAGCCCGCGAGGCUGAGGAGUGGAUUGCGGCCGCUAAUGCUGUAAUUGAAAGUGGGUGGACCGAAGUGGCUGCCCACGCAAGACCCCCCCGCCAUUAUGAAUUCCCCACUGGGUAUAAUGCUAUGUUUGCGCAAGAUCGAUUUAUUCCUGGGGAAAUGUAUUUCAAACCGCCAGCUCAGACUAAUCCCAAUGUCCCCCGGGCGCCAACGAUCCCUGAGAUGAUCACGACAACAAUGCAGAGCGUCGAACCCGACUUGCGCGCCGCGCUUCUCAAUCACGUAGUCCUGACCGGUGCGGGCUCGAUGAUGCAGGGGAUGAGCGACAGGAUUUUCAACGAGCUGCAGCAACUCUUCCCUGCCCAAAAAAUAAAAAUGCACGCUCCGGGAAACCCUACGGAACGCAAAUAUGCCGGAUGGCUGGGAGGCAGUAUUCUUGCAAGUUUGGGGACUUUCCACCAACUAUGGGUCAGUGCGGAGGAAUGGCAAGAACAUGGUGCGUCAAUAGUGAUGCAGAGAUGCAAAUAA